AAAAUUGGCGAGUAAGGCCCGUCAAAUGAAAGAUGGUUUUGUUAAUUGUGCAACAAUGCUGGAUUUAUAUGAUUGUUUACAUUCUUUCUACAAAUGCAACACCUCAAGCAACACCGUUUUCAUCAAACGAUCUAAACAACUAUUUAGAAGACUCUAUAGCUCAAUACCGUUUAAAUGUGCAUAAAAAGCUACAACAGAGUAGGAGACGCUCAAAAAGAGAGAUUCAUAUUGAUGACUUUUUACAUUCAAGUAAUAACAACGCGUAUGAAGUACAAUUACAAAAUAUUAUACCUAUUCAAUCUGUACCUACAAUUUACCCUAUGAAGUUAACCCCGUUUGUGAUAAAAAACAAAACUCAUCUUGCUGUUGUAAACUUUAAAUCAGACAAUGAAAAAUAUUCGUCAUUAUCUUCAAUCUAUUAUAUUAACGAAUCGAGUCAAACAAGCAAGUUUCAGUUAUUGCAAAAUUUUUCAACGUCUGGUGGUGUACACUUUGAGUUUGCUGAUUUGGGUAGUGAAAAGUAUGCUAUAUUUCUCGACUCAAUUGGCGAUCAAAGCUGGUUAAAAGAAAGUGUAUAUAAAAAGUCAUUUUCAAUUUAUCAGUAUUUGCCACAAGAAAAUGCUCUUCGUCCUUUUCAAUACAAAAGUAAAAUCCUUGCUCUAGGUGGAAAAUCUGUAAAGGUAUUUUUAAGACAAGGAAUUCCUUUUUUUGUUACGGCAAAUUCAUUUUAUGAUAAUGGUUUACGGUAUCAAGUAAAGUCCACACUUCAUGCAAAAACAACAAAAGGGUUUGAAUUAAUUCAAGAGUUUGAUACAAUGUCAGCUCAGGAUGUUGAAGUUAUUACGAUUAAUGGUGAACGUUUUAUUUUAUUUGUUAAUCACCAAGACAACAGUGGAAAUGUUGAUAUAUACUCUUCAGUAUACAAAGAGCGUUCCGCAAUAGAAUAUAACGGUAUUGACGGACCAUUUGCAUUAUACCAAAGUAUUUUAACUCAUGGCGCUAAGGAUUUUGAGUACUUUAUGUUCGAAGGCAAUCAUUACUUAGCUGUUGCGAACGAAUAUACAAAAAUUACAAGUGUAGACAUGGUUACCCAAGCUUCAGUAACUACAACUCUGUACGAUAUUGAUUCGGUCAUAUAUUGGUGGACAGGAAAAAUUUGGGUAGAAUGGCAGCGUAUACCUACUCAAGGUGCUGUAAAAUGGACAUACUUUCAGGCCGAGUAUGGAGAGCCAAUGUUAGUUGUGGCAAACUCUAAAUCUCAAGCAGUUAUUUACACAUAUGAUCCUUUACGUGGAAUUUUUAAACCAACUCAAUUGCAAGGCUUAAAUCCUUUUCAAUGGAACAGCUCUUUUAUACCAAAUGUGCGCUCAGUUAUGCCCUUCAAGAUGAUGAAUGACACAUAUCUUGCUGUCGCAAAUUAUGAAAAAAGUGCGCGGUCUGGAUAUAAUAUCUUUAAACUGCAGUUUAAUCGUACUUCUGUACAAAGUCUUGAGCCAACUAUUCCUGAAAUUAUCUCUAAGCUUUUAGAAAAAAUGGAGAAAAAUAUGGAAGAGGUCAAAGAAAAUCUUGCAUCUGUGCUCUCAAAUGUUGUUGGAAAAAUAAUGACUAAGAGAAGUAAUCAAAACAUUACUUCAAAAGUCUACUUUGAAGAAUUAGAAGUCAACACUAUUUCUACAUCAGAAGUAUUUUAUCAAAGCAAUAUAUCAAACAACCCUUUAGAAUUGAUGCACAAAGAAAUAUCAAAGCUUAAAGAUUUGUUGAAAGAGCAUGAAAAUAAAAUUAUUUUGUUACAAAAACAAUUAAAUGAUGCAGUAUUAAUCAGUGAAAAUGCUAAUAUUACAGGGAAAAAGACCUUAGGAGAUAUGAAAUCAAAGUAUCUUAUCUCUAAUUUAACAUUUGUUAAUGGUUAUGUUGACAGAACUAAUAUUUCCAAUCUAAAGAUCAAUUCAUGGAGUAAAUCUACAAACCAGAACAUAACAGGUUGCUUUACAUUCAAAAAACUGUCAGUUACAGGAAAUCUUACAGUAAAUGGAAAAAUAAAUGACAUUUCUAUCGAUAACCUUAUGACCACUAACACUGAACAAACUGUCACUGGUUCAAAGUCAUUUUAUAAUGAAUUUAUUGUUGCUUCAGAUUUAAAUCUAAAAAAUUUUACACUAAAUGGUUUAAUGUUUCCAGAUGAUCUGAUGAAAAGAAGUGGCAUUCAAACAAUUAGUGGUUAUAAGACUUUCAAGAACUUAGAGUUCAAUAAACCUGUCAUUAUUAAUGCUUUAAUUGAUCAGGUGAACAUCACUGAUUUUAAUAUUAAUAAAGUAACUACUUCUGGGACACAAAAUAUAACACAAAAAGUGAUUUUUCAAAAUGGUUUUACUGUCACUUCCGAUGUUAUAAUCAAAGGUUUAGUCGAUGGUACAAACCUUGAUAAAAUAAAGGAAAAUAUUGAUGCUUCUAUGGGUGACCAAAUUAUUCAGACUAACACAACAUUCAAAAAGGUAUAUGCAAAAAAUUCUGUUCAGGUGGACAGCAUGAAUGGUUACAAUAUGAGUGAAGUUGUCACCACUAAUGAAAAGCAGAGGAUUACUGCAAACAUAUCUUUUGAGAAUGACAUUAUAGUAGAAGGUGACCUUAUGGCUGGUAUUAUAGAUGGCAUAAAGUUAUCAUCUGAGGCAGUAACAAAAGGAGGGAACCAGGAAAUCAGUGGAGUCAAAACAAUUUUUUCACCUAAAAUAAAUGCAAACACAAUUGUUACUGGUUUACUUAAUGGUGUUAAUCUCAGCUACUGGAUGAACAAUAUUGUUUUAAAAAACUCUAAAAAAAAAAUAACUGGCAAGAAAGUUUUUACAAAUGGGGCAAUAAUUAAAAAACAACUUUAUGUAAAACAUAUUAAUAACAUAACAUUGGAAAAUCUAAAGUCAGAUUUAGUAUCACUUAAUACUGAUGGUAUUUGGAACAGUCAGUUUAUCUUUGAAAAUGUAUUAGUUUUUGGAGAUUGUCAUGUAAAUGGUUAUGUAAAUGGACUUCAAGUUCCGAUUGAUUUAAUAAAAAUUUCAGGCAAUCAAGUAGUUCAUGGAAAGAAAGAGUUUGCAUCUAAUGUCAAUAUAGGAGGCAGUUUUAUAUCUUUAUCAAACUUAAACAAUGAAAACAUUAGCUUUUUUUUUGAAAAUGUAGUCAAAAACAAUACAGACGAGGAUGUAAAUGCUAUUCUUUAUUUCCAUGGAGAUACUUAUUUUAAAAAAAAUAUUACUUUUUUAUCUAAGUUAAACAAUCUAUCAUUUCCAAAUGACGUUGUCACAUUAAAUACUUACCAAAAUGUAAAAGGGCAUUUAUUGUUUUUGGAACCAUCAUUGUUUCUAAACAAAGUUAUAACUACUAUUGUAAAUGUCAAUACCACAGUAAAUGGUAUUGAUCUUUAUGAAAUGGAAAAAAAUGCUCUUUAUAAAGACCGAAACCAAACUGUAAAUGCAAGUUUAGUUUUUCUUGGGGGAAUUUCAUGCUAUCAAAAUUUAUCUGUAGCUGGGCUUAUUAAUGGAAUCAAUCUUGAGGAGCUUGUUAAUAAUUCUGUUUUCAUUUCUAAAUCUCAAGAAAUCACAGGAUCUGUUAUAUUUGAAAAUGAUGUUUUAUUCAAUAGCACUGUUACAACUCCUGGCACAAUAAAUGGAAUUGAUGUAAGGCAACUAAAUAACACAGUUCUAAAAAAAACUGCAAAACAAGUUGAAAUAAAAGAUCUCUUUUUAAAACAAAGUUUAACAGUUGAAAGUUUAAAACUUUCAGAUAAUUCAACAAUAAAUGGUGUAAACUUAAAAAAGUUUUUAGAAAAUGCAGUUAAAUUUUCUACCUCAAUUAAAUUAAAUGGUAACUUGUCAUUUCAAAAUAAUCUUACUAUUGAAAAUCUUUAUGUUGAUUAUCUGAAUGAUGUAAAUACUUCAAAUAUACUUCUUACAUCAACCAAUCAAACAAUGCUCUAUCAUCAGUUCUUCUCAUUUGCACAAAUGAAAAAUGUAAUAGUGAAUGGUUUAAUUGACACUAUAAAUAUUACUGAAAUUGAUAAUUUUUUAUUAAGGUCAGAAGGAGAUCAAAUUAUUACAGCCAAAUACAAAUUUGAAAAUGAUUUUAUUGUCCAAAACAAUAUAACAGUAAAUGGAAAUGUCAAUGGAAUUGAAUUAAAAUCUUUUAUUGAAUCAUCUGUACAUCUUACAAGUGAUGAAACUAUUUUUGGUUCAAAGAAUUUUGAUAAAGUCUCGUUUGGAGAUGUUAUCUUUAUGACACAUUUAAAUCUAGUCAAUGUUUCAGAACUUAUUAUUGAUGCAUUAGCUUUAGUUGGAAAUCAGGAAAUCUGCCAUUAUAAAUUUUUUAAUAAUAACAUAUCUACAACAAAUUUAUUAACUACCAAUAUUACAACUUUAGAGCUAGUAAACAACAUCAAUCUUGUAGAAUUAGAUAAAACAUCUGUACGACUAUAUAAAGACCAGAUUUUAGAAGGUAAUUACUACUUUAAUGGUAUAUUGUCAGCGCCAAACAUGUUUAUGAGUGGUAAGUUAAAUAACGCAAAUUUAGCCACAGAUUUUAUGACAACGUAUGGCAAUCAAAAUGUAGAUGGAUACAAAGUAUUUAUUAAUUUUACAAUAUCUGGUAAUCUUAAUUUAAGUGGUUUGAUUGAUGGUGUCAAUAUCAGUUAUUUAGACUCAAAUAGGGUUACUUUAAGCGGAAACCAAUUCAUUUUUGGAGAAAAAAAGUUUUCUUAUGUAAAGUCAAAUAAAGACAUAGAAUUCCCAAACAAUGCAACAGUUAACAAUCUUGAUAUUUCGGUAGAUUUGAUUUUGAGAUAUAACAAUAGUUUAAUUGAUGGAAAUAAGUUUUUCACAGAUGUUUAUGUGAAUGGUGACUUAAGCACAAUUAGUGGUAUUAUAAAUGGGGUAAAUAUAAUAGAAAUGAAACAACAAGCUCUGAUGUUAAAUUCUGAUAAGGCACAGUGGAUUUCAGGCAACCAGCUGUUUUUCGAAGCGCUAAAUAUAUUAGGCAACUUAAGUGUAGUUGGAACAAUUAAUGGGGUGAAUGUUAAUCAACCUAAAGAGUACAAUCAAAACAUAAGUAUGGUAAUUGAAUCAGAUAUGCAAAGUUUAGUUGUUAUUUCCAAUGCCACGUGUCAGUCUAUUUCAAAUCUUAUACAAAUAUCAAGUUCUGAAAACUUUUUUAAUGGUUUUGAGAAGUUGUACACAUCAAUUUUACCUAGUUCGCAGGUAGGAAAGAUAAAUUCAUUUAUCAGUGGAAAUCAAAUAUUCGUUUCAGUGGCUCGGGCCCCAGGUUCUGGAUGUGGUGCUGGUUUUGUUCUUCUUUGUUCCAUUAACAUGCAAUGUGAUGUUAUUCAAACAAUUUAUACAAAUGCAAAAACAAUGGAAUUUAUUGAAUACAAUUCUUCUGUUGCAUUAUAUGUUGCAAAUGAAAAGGCAGAUCAGGUCACAAAAGGUUGCAAAAAUGAACCUGAAAUUUACGUUUGGUCUGUCAAUUCUUUUUUACCAUAUUCUCAAUAUUUAUCAAGUGCUCAAUUGGCUGAAUUGCUAUAUUUUCAUAAUAAUAUAUCCAAGUUUCUAACGCAGACAUAUGGUUCAUACGACGAGGUAUCAGAUACGUAUCAGCGUCCGAAUAGUUUAGCUUGGAAUGAUUCAAAUUUAACUUAUAUUGUUGUUAGCUGGGAGGAAAAUAAUGUUGAUUUUAUAGAUAUUUUAAAUCUUAAUGGCACAGAUAUGACAACGUUAAAAGUUGAACAAACUAUCAGAGUAGGAACGGGUAAUAACCUUGGUUUCGGUAAAAUUUUGAAUGAGAAAAUGAUUCUUUCCAUUAGUUCAGAUAUUUCAAAUGAAAACAACAUUUAUAUUAAAAACAGUGCAACAGGUUCUUUUGAAUUUUAUCAAAAACUAUCCCAUUCUGCUUCCUCAGUUAAGUUUAAUAAUAUGUAUAAAAAGUCUUAUUUGGUUUACGCAAGUUCUUUAGACGGACUAGGUCUAUGUUAUUGGAAAGGAAUAUCAGGCUUUGUGAAUUGUCAUCCCAUUCAAUCGUCCGAUGCAUCUUAUGUGGAAAUCGUUACCACUGCUGAUGGAGUGUUUAUAAUUGCUGGUGGGAAAGAUAGUCUUAUGGUGUAUAAAGCAAUCAUUGAAGGCAACACUGUAGAGUAUCAAAAACCAAUAUGCUAAAUGUUUAUUAAAAAUUUUAUGUUUAUUGCAAUAUAUUUUAUUAUUUGUUAUUGGCUAUUAAAUUGCUUGAUAUUAUUUGAUAUGUAUUAUAAAAAAUACUUUAUAUUUAUAAAAUAAUUGCAGGUAUG